AUGGCCAAAAAAGAGGAAGAGAAACGAGUUCAAGAUGAAGCUGAGCAGAGAGCCAAAGCUGAAGAAGAGAAGAGGGCCAGAUAUGAAGCUGAGCAGAGAGCCAAAGCUGAAGAAGAGAAGAGGACCAGAGAUGAAGCUGAGCAGAGAGCCAAAGCUGAAGAAGAGAAGAGAGCCAGAGAUGAAGCUGAGCAGAGAGCCAAAGCUGAAGAAGAGAAGAGGGCCAGAGAUGAAGCUGAGCAGAGAGCCAAAGCUGAAGAAGAAGAGGAGAGGGCUCGCGAAGCUGAGCAGAAAGCCAAAGAAGAAGAGAAGAGGGCCAGAGAUGAUGCCGGAGAUAAGCCGAAGGAUGGUGAUGGAGCUAAGACGUAG